AUGGAAAAUCACAUAGGAAGACCAUUAUAUGCUGACCCUAUGACACAGGAUAGAUCAAGAUUAGGAUAUGCUAGGGUGUGUGUUGAUGUUAAUGUCUACUCCAAAUUUCCCCAGUUUAUAGAUAUAGAUCAGGGCUAUGAUGAAGCCUCUGGUGAACGUCGCAUAUCUAGGCUCCAAAUAGAAUAUCAAUGGAUUCCUUCGAUUUGUUCACAUUGUAAGAUUUUUGGUCACUUAGAUUCUCAGUGCCCAAAGAAACCUAAAAUAGACCCUAAUAAUGUUGAAGGUAGUAAGAAAGCAGAUGAGGGAGAUGGCUUCACUAAAGUGAAAAGUAAGAGAGGUAAGGCCCAAGAUAAGGGAAAAGAAGUCAGUUCGUCACCUAGGUCGAUUGCUCUUGAUUAUGCUUCUAUGACCAUGGCAGAGUGUCUUGAGUUCCAUACCGUUACAGUUCCUUAUGACCCUAAGGAUGUUGAUGCUCAAAUUAAAAAUCAUUUUUGUGCUCUUGCAGAAGAAGAUAAGGAUGUUCCCUCUCCUAUGGAGUCAGAUGGAGAGGUAGCAGAAGAAAAUUAUCGAGAAAUUUUGAGUGACGGAGAUGGUAGCGAGGGUCAGAUCUCAGAGCCUGAGCGGGUUGAGAGCGUUAGUUCAGAUGGGCACCAUUCCAAGACUAGAUCUCAAGCUAAAAGAGACAGGAAGAAGAUGCGUGAGCAAGGUGAACAGAAGCCUGGGUCGGCGAGUUCAGACCCGAUCUCCCAAGAGUGUCAAUGA